GGAGGAUGAGUGACGGACGGUAAAAGCAUCCGAUGCGGCAUUACUAAGCCGUAGGCCAUUGCACGGAAGACAGGAAUUUUCCGGAGGAUGUCCUAAAAUGCGUUCCGUACCUAUCUCUUUAUCAGCGUACCAGUAACCCACCCAGGACAGCUGGCCACGGCAUUUCCUUGUUUGUCCCGCCCCAUGUGCGUAUAGCGUGUGCGUACGUCCUUUCCCCUUUUCCACUACUGUUGGUAUAAUAAACUUUGAGCGCCGUAAAUGCACGUUGCUUCCUUUCACAACCACGCAGACGGACGCAGAAGGAAGGAAAUGGUAUUGAGAAGUUCAGUUUAGGCUGCAGCAAUGCGAGCUACUAGUAAUUUCUCUGCAAAUACUCCACCUAUCUCUAACAUCACUAAAAGGGGGUAUAGAGCAACUUCUAACUUAUGUGCAGAUCCUGAAGCAAUUUCUCUUGUUUCAGUCUCUCUAGCAUCACUCCACCAUCUUGUACUGUUGUGUCAUCAUCAUGGCAGGAGCUGUGCUUCUCCCCUUUCUCUGCUGUCAAAUUUUUCCUUCACAGAAACAAAGAAUAAAAUACAAUUUCUGUGGGGCUGUGGAGCAAACCAUCAGUUUCACUGGGACCCGUUAGAAUGUAGUACAGAGAUGGAGGGUUGUGCUACACUGAAAGAGCAUUCUGAGAGCACAGUGAGACAACUUUGUGAUAAUGAACAAGAAACUCUGCUUUGUAAUACAGGCAUACUUUCUAAUAACCUUACUAUGCAGGAGAAAUGUAACUUGAUUGUAGAAGUAUCGGAGAGUUUUAACACACAGAGCACAUAUGUCAAAGGAUCCAGCCAGCACACUGAUGUAUGUAGUGAUAUAGGAUGCCCCAAGAAUGCAGAAAAAGACAUUCAAAUGCCUGAUACAAGUUGGAAACCAUCUGAGACAUAUCACAGAAAGGAGGGUAGCACACCAGCAGAACUCACAGGCGAGUUGAGGCAACAGAAAAUUUCUGUGGAAAAUCAGCAGUUGAGUCCACUGGCAGAAAAUACACUUGAUCAUACUGGUAAACGUGAUAUGAUACAGGUCAAAGAUUCACAUAUGAAGAUGGUCAGAUGUAAGUUUAAAGCUCUAACUACAUGUCUUGGUGGUAAUUUAGGUGCUGAUGGCAAACAACAGGGCACCUCUUUAAGCUCUUCAAAGAAAAAAAAUAAAGAUUGUAGCACUGGAAAGUGCAGAAACAUAUGCUCUCCCCAUGGGAAAACUAUACCUCUUACAGAAAAAGAAAAGGAGCGACAGGCUGAAGGUUAUAAUCGAGACCAUGAAAUAGAAUUCACUACUAUAGAGAAAUCACAUUACGUUGAGACAUCCAGAGAUAUUUGUGAAAUAUUAAGUGAUUCACUUGCGAGAGAUCAAAAAGAUGAAAUCGUUGCAGAGGUGGCUAAGAUGAACAACUGCAGCAAUGAAGGAGAGCAUGGUUUGAACAAGCAUCAACCAGAGGAUGGAAACGUACAAAACCAGACCUCUAAUAGACACAAACCUUUUGUGGAUGAAGAACUUGCUGAAAUAUGUAAAAAGAGGAUAAGGAAAUCAACUCCAAGUGAGCUUUUCCUAUGUGAAGUGGAUAACUGUGGAAAGGUAUUCUCCAAGAGACAGUAUUUGAAUUAUCAUCAGAAAUACCAGCAUGUGAAUCAGCGUACAUUUUGCUGUCCGGUACCAGAGUGUGGGAGAAAAUUUAACUUCAAAAAACAUUUAAAGGAACAUGAAAAAAGGCACAGCAACCGAAGGGAUUUUAUCUGUGAAUUUUGUGCUCGUGCUUUCCGUAGCAGCAGUAACCUCAUCAUCCACCACCGAAUCCACACUGGGGAGAAACCACUUCAAUCCAACUUUAAAGUGGCAAAUGCACUGCAAAUGGUGCUGCUGCUACAUACUCGCCUCCUCCUUCCUGCACAGCUGCCCACACACUUCCUGCUGCGCAGGGACUCUGCAGACACGCUGUCCAGGCUGCCUUCAUCGGUUCCAGCGAUCCUCCUGCUACAAAAACGAUGUGAAUUUUGUGGAUUCACCUGCAGGCAGAAGGCUUCCCUUAACUGGCACAUGAAGAAACAUGAUGCUGACACUUUCUACCAGUUCCCCUGUAAUAUCUGUGGUCAACGGUUUGAGAAACGUGAUAACCUUGCUGCUCACAGAAGCCGCAAGCAUCUUGCUCCUCCUGAAUCUGCAUCUGUAGAAAAUUCUGCAAAAGUGAAUGAACAAGAAAAAUCAUCCUGCUGUAAAACACUCACUCCUGAGAACUUUUCUACUAAUGCAGAGGCAACGGCAGACACGACUCAGGGUGUCAAAGAGUCAACGUUCAAUCGAUGUCAAGAUCUGACAGAUAAUACAAAUGACAGACUCCAAGAAAAUGCUCAGGUUUCAGGCCAUGUCCAAUCUGAGAUAUCUUUAGUGAUUAUUUUGUAAUUUAGCCCUGUGUUAGGUGUGUUUGAAUGGGAACUAUGGAAAUUAUAGCGUGGCAUUAUAUACAAUAGGGAGUGAUCAUAUACACUAAUCUCGCAGACAAUGAUGUUAUAGGUGUUGUGACUUUUUAAAAGUAACUGUCCGUGUUUGAAAUGUUACUAAUCUGAAAAUCAAACGGGAGUUGCCACCCAUCCUGCUUGAAACAGAUAUUAAAAAAGUAUACUCUGCCCUGCAUCAUGAAUCUUAAGAUUCAAUACAUUUGUAGUGUUGCCAAUCAAGCCUUUCAAAUUGGACAUGUACUGUAUAAAUGUACUCAUGUUGCUUGACAGAUUACCAGAUUAUAUGUACAUAGUUUGGUUGCAAAGUUUUGGUGAAUAGACAUUCAUUUAAAAUCUAGUUUUUGUACUGGGCCACAAUAAUGCAUUUUUGUGGGGAAACAUUAUUUUUGUAUAUGCUCAGUGAUGAUAAUUUAGUCUGUUUAUAAGGACUAGUGCUCUGGCAAGGAACUGUAACUACAGUGCUUUAGGUAUGUGGAUUAUAUCCACUUUGUCAAGCUUUAAAGGAGAAGGAAAGGCUAAAAUUAAGUAAGCUUUA